CGAACACCACAACGAAAUCUGCCUCUCGAUACGAAUCCUUUCCAGUCGAACGCAAUAUUUGCUUGGAUUGCCCUUGAUUAAACAACCGGAGACUCGUCUCGGGCUACGUGCUCUUGACAGCUCUAGUAAUCAUGCCUCCAGUCCAGCAGGCGGGGUGGUUCCCCAGCAUUCUUGGUCGAUCCAUUCUCAGCGGCAUCCAUCAGAAUUCCCCACGAGAACUGGAGAACGAUCUCACUGUAACCCCGACCACUCAAUUGGACAAAACACAUACACUGGCUGCGCGUGAUGCCGACAGAACGUACCGACCAGGACAAGGAGCAAUCGACCCAAGCAGCAUAAACAUGCGUGGGUUGUAUGCCUUGUUCGCUAUUUUGGGAGCAGCACUUGUCCUAGCGUCCAUUUGGUUUUUCUUUUGGGCAAAGGACGGUGGGUUCAUUUGGAAAAAGGGUGACUGGGAAGAUUAUAAGUCAACCGUUCUGCGGCGAAAGGGGCCUGAUGGGAGAACCCUUAGUAAUGCUACAAGAAGCACAAAGCUAGGUGGAGGUAGCGUCGUUGGUAAAGGCUACAGCGAUGAUGGAUACACCGUGGCCGAUACCGCUCCCGGAUACAGCGAUACUGCUACUACGGUCACUGAGAAAGAACCGAGACGCAAGCGCAACCUUCGCGAUAAAUUCCGCCGAAAGCGCAGACAUGAGAAGUAUGAGGGCGAGGCGGACGAGGAUGUUCGUGCCUACCGCAAGGAAAAGCCUGCACAGAUUGGUGGCAUCAACCGUGAAGCAGAUGGCACAUACUACGGUAGCGACUACGACACCUCCAACCCACCUACGCACUACAACCGGAGCGAAAUGAGCGAAGUCCGCGACUACGCUUAUGAGCCUUCUCGCCCUUCUAAUCAGAAGCGAGACUUCUCUUUUGCCCCCGGCACAGAAGAGACCAUGAGCCAGACCACAACAGAACGUAUGGCUCGUGAACCAUCAGCCCGCCGACACAACCGCCGCCGCGAACGGCGUCGCGCACCUCCAACCUCCUCUUCUCGCCAGAGCAGUCCGCGUAAGCGCGAUUCUCGCGGCCACUACACCGAACCCCUCGACUUCUCCUCAAACUCGCAGGCACGUUCAGAUUACCAAUACUCAAACGUUGACACCGAAGAACAAGACAUUGGAACUGUCAGCUAUCACCACCCAAUCCCCGGUCUGAGCAAGGGCUACCGCCGCGAUGGAGCCCGUAGCCGACGGAGAGACAGCCUGAGUGAUAGCGACUGAGGAGACUCGGUAUUCAUGAAGCAAGUCUCCAUUUUAUUUACCUACCUAUCAAAUUGUAAAUAAUACCGAAGUGGUUGGGUUAUCGGAGACUGCUAUGUCUAGAAACUUUACGAGCGUAAUGGGAACAAUGGAUUGUGAAAUUGGGAUUUAUGUUUAUGUUACGAGAAUGAUAUUCAUC